GCCACCACUCCAAAACGAUAGCGUGUUCAGAAAUCCCCUCCGAGAACCACGGGAUGGAGGCCUCCGGCGCCGUGCUCCGUCGAGCUCCGGCCAUCUCGGGCUUCAGAAUCCAGCAGGGAGACGCCACAGAUCCUUUCUUCUCCGGUAUGCGAAGCAGUUUUAGAAUUUCGGCGCGACCGAGGGGUCUCUCCGCCGGCGGAUUCUCCGACGAGGGGCACCUGAAGUACUACUUGUCGCCGGCGAGGUGUGGGGCGAGGAAGAAGGAGGAGAAGAGGAGGGCGAAGCUAGUGAAGGGGCUGGUGAGGGAUCUUUCGGCGUUCUACUCGAUGGGCUUCGGCGUGGAGGUCGAAGAUGGGCUCGCCGGGGAGGUCAAGGGGAAGAUGAUCUCGGAAGCAGCAGAGCUCUUGCUGGGACAACUGAAACAGCUGCGAGCUCAAGAGAAGGAGAAGAAGAGAAAAAGAAAAGAGGAGAAGGCCGCAAAGAAGGCUACCAAAGUGAAAGAUUGUGCUGAUGAAAACGCCUCAAGCUCUUCAUCUGAAUCAAGUGACAGCGAGUGCGAAUCAGCUGUCAAAAUGAGUAGCCUUGGAACAGUUGCUAUCGCAGAACUCAAGGAUCUGAUAAUUCCAACAGUAGCUCCUAACUGCAAUUCAGCCCCCCUGCUUCUGGAACUCAGUAAAACAGGGGAGGAUAUGGAAGAAAAUAACUAUGCGUUGAAGCUUGGACCAGAGUGCAGUAACACCAGUGCCACCACCAGCAGUAGUGACUCUUGUGGUUGCUGUAGUAACAGUAUUCCAGUGGUCGAUAGGCCUAUGGAUAAGAUUGAGGUGUGCAUGGGAGGGAAGUGCAAGAAGUCGGGUGCGUUACAGUUAUUGGAGGAAUUCGAGAGCAAGAUGGGCAUUGAAGGAGCUGUUGUUGGCUGUAAGUGUAUGGGCAAGUGCAGAGAUGGACCCAAUGUUCGAGUUGUGGGUCGCCGCACUGAAGAGGAUAAUGUUAAGGAUGUGAAAAAUCCAUUGUGUAUUGGUGUUGGCUUAGAUGAUGUAGGAACAAUAGUCGCUAGGUUUUUUGGAGAGAAGGGCGUAGGUCUCGUGACUCCUUAAGACAAAAUUUAUUUAUUUAGAUAUUAUUUAUGAACUCAAUAAAAUAAAGUAAAUGCAUGAAUUGAGAAGAUUAAUUUAA